AUGCCAGGUGUCAAAGACGCGAAAAGUGUCCUCGUCAUCGGUGCCACCGCCGGCAUCGGUCGUGCUCUUGCUCUUGCCAUUCAUAACCUCGAGACCAAGCCUACCGUCAUCGUCUCCGGUCGUCGCCAGGAGCGCCUUGAUGAGAUUGCCACGCAGGGUGAAAGGAUACGGACCGCUCGCGUUGACCUCAACACGCACCAUGAUAACCUAAAGGCGUUUGUCGAGGACAUCCUGUCCAACUAUCCUGAUCUAGACACAAUCCUGCUGUCGUCGGGCAUCCAGCAUAUCUUCGAUUUCAACAAGCCCGAAACGAUAGACUUCAAGGUCCUCGAGGCUGAGUUGAACACGAACUACCUCUCGAUUAUCAAGACGAUUAUCCUUUUCCUGCCCCACUUCCUUAAGCGCAGCUCCGAGGGCAAGCCGUCUUUCAUAAUCCCUAUCACUUCUGCACUUGCUUCGGCUCCGAAGCCCGACGUACCUAACUACUGUGCGACGAAGGCUGCGCUGCACAGUUUUGACAUCUCGCUGCGUGCCCAGCUGAAGGGAACUAACGUCCAUGUGCUGGAAAUCUUUCCACCGCUGGUCGAAUCCGAGCUGCAUGAUCACCAAGGCACGACACCGGCCCUGUCAAAGCACUGGAUGCCCCUCGACGAGUACACCAAGCACACGUUGGAAGGCCUCAUCCGUGGCGACCCAGACGUUACGGCGGGCUUCUCCGUUGGUGUUUUCGAGAAGUGGGAGAAAGGCAAGCGCGAGCAGGUUGAGCAGGCUACAUUCCCGUCCAAGUGAGAUCGGUAUGAUAUGGAUUGUCGCAGUACAUGCCUGGGGAUUGUGUACAAUAGC